GUGAGCAGUGGGGCACCUGUAGUGAGAGUCCCCUCCCUGCUGGCACCAGGACCUCAGGUGUUAGUGGGUAGAGGAGACCCCACCCUGGGCCUGUCCCUCUACCAGGCUCUGACCCCUGCUGAGAGGGGCUGGGCCCGCUUUAACACAACUUCUCCUUCCUCACAUAGGCUCCCAGAGGUCCGCAGACUGCUCACCACUGCUCCUUCAGGGAUGGAGGCCAUGGCAGCCAGCACUUCCCUGCCUGACCCUGGCGACUUGGACCGCAAUGCGCCGCGGAUCUGCGGGGUGUGCGGUGACCGGGCUACCGGCUUCCACUUCAAUGCCAUGACCUGCGAGGGCUGCAAGGGCUUCUUCAGGCGCAGCAUGAAGCGGAAGGCCUUGUUCACCUGUCCCUUCAAUGGGGACUGCCGCAUCACCAAGGACAACCGGCGUCACUGCCAAGCCUGCCGGCUCAAGCGCUGCAUAGACAUCGGCAUGAUGAAGGAAUUCAUCCUGACGGACGAGGAGGUGCAGCGGAAGCGGGAGAUGAUCCUGAAGCGGAAGGAGGAGGAGGCCCUCAGGGACAGUCUGAGGCCCCGGCUGUCUGAAGAGCAGCAGCACAUCAUCGCUGUCCUGCUGGAUGCCCAUCACAAGACCUAUGACCCUACCUAUGCUGACUUCAGCCACUUCCGGCCUCCGGUCCGCGAGGCUGCGUGUGUAAACAGCCACCUGUGGAGGCCAGCACCCAGCUGCUCUGGGGAUGCCAGCUGCUUGGGCUCAGACCACCUCAGCACCUUCUCAGACCUGAUAGAGCCAUCCGGCUUCUCCAGCCUGGACCUGGGCCAGGAGGACUCAGAUGACCCCUCAAUGACGCUGGACCUAUCCCAUCUCUCCAUGCUACCCCACCUGGCAGACCUGGUCAGCUACAGCAUCCAGAAGGUCAUUGGCUUUGCCAAGAUGAUCCCGGGGUUCAGGGACCUGACCUCCGAUGACCAGAUAGUGCUGCUCAAGUCCAGCGCCAUCGAGGUCAUCAUGCUACGCUCCAACCAGUCCUUCACCAUGGAUGACAUGUCCUGGGACUGUGGCAGUCAGGACUACAAGUACAACAUCAACGAUGUCACCAAAGCUGGACACAGCCUGGAGCUCAUUGAGCCCCUUGUCAAGUUUCAAGUGGGGCUGAAGAAGCUGAACCUGCAUGAGGAGGAGCACGUUCUGCUCAUGGCCAUCUGUAUUGUGUCACCGGAUCGUCCUGGAGUGCAGGACACCCAGUUGGUGGAGGCCAUCCAGGACCGCCUGUCCACCACCCUGCAGACCUAUAUCCGCUGCCACCACCCACCGCCCGGCAGCCACUUGCUCUAUGCCAAGAUGAUCCAGAAGCUAGCUGACCUGCGCAGCCUCAACGAGGAGCACUCCAAGCAGUACCGCUGUCUGUCUUUUCAGCCAGGCAGCAGCAUCAAGCUCACACCCCUGGUGCUCGAGGUCUUCGGCAAUGAGCUCUCCUGACCUCGCCCACCCUCCCCUGCACCCCACUGGCCCCUUACCCCAAAUGGCCAGCCAGAGUGUCCAGUACCACCUCUUGUAUCUCUGACUGCUCACCUGUCCAGGUGCAGGGCCUGGAUGCGCGCCCUCUGUCACCUGGUCUAAGGAAGGGGUUGGGGGCCCAGGCGGGCUGGAGGCCAGUCUGAAGAGGUGGCAGGGGAGACUCUGACUCAUGUACCCAACACAGGGGGUUUCUGCUUUGGAGAAAGGUAAAGGACACUACCACUCCUGCCUGGAGGCCUGGCCCUGCAGUUCCCCUCCUGUGGGAGACAUCCCAGCACCCUGCCACGAGCCGGUGUCCCUGUCCCUUGGACAACAUCCAGCGUGGAGGGCGGC